AUGUCUGCUCUCGGCUAUCUUCUGCGUUCGCGUGCCUGCAAGCCAGAGGUGCCGGGCGCCAGGCGCCAGCCGAUCAACUCGGGCGGCCAUUAUUCGUACUGGGACGAUGUUGAGGCUGAAGUGCCGUGUGCCGUCGUGUCGACUCACAUCUUCGGAUCACAGAUCCAGGACCGAGGGCACUCGGGCGGCCCGUAA